AUGGCUACUUCUCUAGACGUCGACAACGAAAACAGCGACUCCGAUCUAUCAGCAGACGUGGCCGCCGCGUCGGACACGGGCAAUGAGAAUGAUAGUUCAGGAGCGUUUUCAGACUCGCCAUCGACGUCAAGACCACCCGCACCUGCACCCACGACGCCCUUCCCAACCCACCUCUCGGACCUCGCGCCCCAAGAAACCCUCGUGCCGAACCUCUACAAAACCCUGCACGCGCUGCACCAGCACACGCUCGCGCCGCUGCCGCGCCUCCGCUCCAUCGCCACGGACGCCGCCUUCGUCACCUCGCUGCGGCGCGCCACGGGCCUGCCGCUCAUCGCCAACGAGCGCUGCGGCGCCUGGUACAUCCCGCCGGCCCUGAAGGCCGCGAGCGCGUACUUCAAGUCGACGGACGGGCACUACGGGCAGUGGGCGUUCAGCCUGCGGCGACUGAAUCUGCAGGUACUGGAUGUGCUGGGGGCGCAGGGGGGUGGGGUGUUGGUGGAUAGCACGCGGAGGGGGAAGGCGUGGCCGGAUGCGUUGAGGAGGACGGUGCCGUUGUGGGUGGCGGUGGUGGAUAAUGUGCUUUGGGGGGGGAGGGUGGAGGAGGGAGGGGACGGGAGGGGGAGAGAGGGGUUGCAGACGCCGGAGGGGGAGGAGGGGGUGGGGGAGAGUGAGCGGGCGCAGGUCGAGGCGAGGUUGGCGGCGUGGGAGGGGGAAUUCAGAGGGCUGGGACUUGACUUGGGGGAAUUAAGAAGGAGGGUGAAGAGGAGAAUCAGGUGUGUGUGGGUUGCUAAUGGGGCUUGGGAGCCUGAUGGCUGGGCGGAGAAGAUUAGGGGUAUGGGCGAUUUUAAUGUGCUGGUGCUUGCGAGCGCGAGUCGGAGGGUCAGGGGUGCCGAGAUGAGCGAAGGCGGCUACGUGCAGGGGGCUGGAGAUGAUAGUGAGGGCUGGGCUAGAGGCCUCACGAGUCAGCUGUGGUGGGAAAACAAGGACAGAUUGCUGGCAGCUGGGGAGGGAGACGUAGAGGACAUGAUCGGUGAGAUCGUGGCCACGGCAAAGGCGACGGAGAGUGUGGGUCAAGGCACGCGCAUUGAAAAGGCGUCGAACUUGUUUGUUGGUGCAGGAAGGCGGGAGGAAUGUGACGGCUUCGAUCUGGUCAUCAACUGUCAGGGGGGCGGCAAAGACGGGAAGAGCUUGCUCAACCUGAAGUGCAGAGAAGGCAAGCUUGGAAGCAAAGACCUGAGGGACAAGCUGGCGAGCGCGAAAGACGUGGCUGGCGCGGUACUGCAGCAGAAUCCUCAUAGUCGUAUUCUGGUUACUUGCUCCUCGGGCAAAGACUUGAGUAUUGGCACCGCUCUGAGCCUCAUAUGCCUCUUCUUCAGCGAUACCGGAGAGCUGAAUGCUGCCCGUCAGCCCUACUUCAUUGAUAAAAUGGUCAUCAAGCAACGGCUUGUAUGGAUUUCCAGCUGCAAGUCGGAUGCCAAUCCAUCACGAGCGACACUGCAAGCAGUCAAUUCCUUCCUCAUCGAUCGCCCCGGUUGA